AUGGCGGGGAUAUACAAUGGGCACCUCCUCGAAUUCCCCCAAAUUCGCGUUGACUGCUUCACCUCUCCCCGCCCGAAUGAACCAUACCAACUGCCCCAUCUUCCCUCCGCCUCCUCCUCUCCCGGAACCUCUUCUUCGUCCCCAAUCGGGACCUACGCUGCCCCAACAGCACAAAUGAAUCUCCUGACCCAUGUCCACUCGGACCACCUCCUCGGCCUUUCCAACUCCUUCACAGGUCGUAUCGUCUGCUCACCAGAUACGAAGCGUAUGCUUCUUCGUCUUGAAGCGGAGAAAGAGCGGGGAUUCAUGGUGGACGGUACGAGAGAGGUCAUCAGGCGAAAGUAUGACAAGUUGGCGCCUAGGCGGGAGAAGGUCGGGGAGGGGAAGAGGGAGCGCGAGCGCGUAGUGGACCAGAUUGCCCAAUCUGACUGUCUGCAGGAGGCUGUGCCUUUCGAUGACCCUAGGCAGUAUGAUCUCGGAUGCGAUGAAGCUGGGAAAACAAUCAUUGUGACUAUCACCUUACUCGACGCGAACCAUUGUCCUGGAUCGACAAUGUUUCUUAUAACCUCCCCUACGAAGGCUGUCCUGCAUACUGGCGAUAUCCGGGCAGAUAAGCUCUUCAUGCGCACCCUGAUGCGCAAUCCAGCCAUUCAGCAGUUCAUCGCCCCGACCUCAAGCUUCUCUGCUCCCGGUCCAAGCACCCGCGUCAAGGUGGAAGAGGACCCGAAAGGGAAGGGGAAAGCUCUUGAGUCGGGGCCGGAGCAGGUGCGGAAGGGGAGUGGACGGAGAGUGUUGGACCGAAUAUACCUCGAUACCAGCGCGUUUCUGGGAACAGGGGAUAUGCCGGAUAAGGAAGAAGCUCUGCAAGAUCUCCUGCAGCAAAUGAGCCUGUAUCCGCCUGAUACAGUGUUCUUCCUCAACGUCUGGUGCUUUGGCUGGGAAGAUGUCGUGAAAGAGGUCGCCCGGCACUUUGAUACUCAGGUCCACGUCGACCGGUACAAGAACAGUAUCUACUCCGCGGUCCGGUCCGACCCCUUCCUGUCCGCCUGCACGACCACCGACCCCUCCGCCACCCGCUUCCACGCGUGCGAGCGGUGGGCAAAAUGCGAAGCCUGUCGGACCUUCAACGCCCAGGGUGACCGGGUCUGGAACAAGGGCAAGCGGGUCGUACAUGUGAACAUGGUGGAAGUGAAGUCUGCGAGUUGGGUAUUGGAGCGAGAGGCGUUCGUACGGACGCUCACGAGCGCGGCGAUCGGGGAAGGAGACUGGCCUUUUAAUAUCCAAUGCCCCAUUGCCCGACACUCCCCCUUGCCCGAACUCCAGGCCCUUGUCCGUCUAUUCCGACCUAACAAUAUCUCACCCAACACCCUCGUGCCCCAAACCAAAGGGCUCGACUACUUCCUCCUCCCUUCCUUGCUGGCGGACCACGUCGGCGAGGGAACGUACGACCGUAUGAUUCUCGAGCGGGACACGUACUUCUCCAGCAAGCCGCAAUUCGGCUCUGCCUGGCUGAGUGAGAUGCGGCAGCUGCAGGCGGCAGGGGUGGACCUGGCGAGGGAGCUCUUGGUGGAGAUGGGCGGUUCGGAGAGGGAUGAUUAUCUCCCCGGUUUGGAUGGUAUGGGGGUCGGUCAAGGCGGGCCACUAGGGGGUGGUGGGGGCACAAGGAGUGCACAUACAACGGACCAGCUGUGGCGUGCUGGUGGGAUAGGGGGCGGGAUGUCAGCUGCGAUCGGCGGACAGGCGGGCCGCGGAUGGGAUGGGGACAUGGACGGGUACAGCACGGACGAGGAGAAUAGGGGGAGGAACAAGAGGAGGCGGAUGCGGGAGAGCUCACCGACGAGCGAAUCCCAAGAUGUCGAAAUGUUGGCGGAGGUGAAAGUGGAAGAGGAGGAUAGGGGCGUGGGGACGAAGGUGGAGGUUGUGGCGGUGCCGGCCAAGAUGGCAGAGCUGCCGGCAGCGAGGAAGGAGGUGAAGAAGGUCGAGGCGAAGAAGGAGCCACCGACCAGAACGGCACCGGUCGUACUACAGAUGGCGACGGUUCCCAAGAAGGCAGAGCCAGCUGCGGUCUCCAGGCAGGAGGUAUCGAAGGUCGAGGUGAAGAAGGAGUCUCCGACCAGAAGGGCACCGGCCGUAUCGCGUCCUUCGGUCUCACUUUCCGCUGCGACGUCGAGAGCCAUCCUCCCUCGCUCGAUCCCCAAUUAUCCCUCGCACACCUCGCAACUGUCGCCCAUUACCAAGUUACCGAAGCUCGACAUCAAGGUGGAGCGGGGAACGCAGCUGAACGGACACUCCGUUACAUGCGUCAAGCCAUCGGGCCAAGUCGCCAACGUCAAGGUGGAGCAGGAAUCACAACCGAACGGUCGUCCCACCUCAGCGGCCGAAACCACCCCCACAUCGGUCGCUUCACGUACCGCUACUCCUCCCGUCGUAACGGCACGUGUCAAGGUCGAAACGAUUGAUCCGGAUCGUCGAGGGCGAAAGUCCGCUCCUCCCCUUGCACCCAAAUACGCGGUAAAUGCGCCACAUAUUCAGGCUUUGUUGGCGGCGAAGGCGGAAAGGGAUGGUGCUUGA